AUGUAUUACUGUACAACUUUUUUUGGAACUUCACCUUUGAAAAAUCGAUGGAGAGUGAUUUAUGAGUACAUGAGUGAACAAGAUAUGUUGGAACUUACAAAGUCCAAGUCUUUUCCAAGUUUCAAUGAUUCUAAACACAAUAUUUUUUGUUCUGAACUGAAACAACUAUAUGUAGCUAUAACUCGUACAAGACAGAGAUUAUGGAUAUGCGAGAAUGCAGAAGAGUUUUGUAGACCUAUGUUUGAUUAUUGGAAAAGGAAGUAUCUUGUACAAUUCAAAGAGCUGGAUGAUUCACUUUCCCAGGCAAUGAAAGUUGCAAGUAGUCCAGAAGAAUGGAAGUCACGUGGCAAAAAGUUAUAUUAUCAAAAUAACUAUGAAAUGGCCGCUCAAGUGUAUGCUAGAGGAAGUUUCUUCUCCGACUGUUUGAAUGUUUGUGCCAAAGGUGGAUUAUUUGACAUUGGCUUGCAUUACAUUCAUCAUUGGAAACAAAACGAAAGUGCUGACCCUGGUUGGGCUAAAAGCCAUGAUCUGUAUACAAUUUCACUACAGGAGGUUGCUAAACUUCCAUUUUCGCCUCUAGAUCCUCGAGAACCUGAUACUUCUGUUGAGGUGUUUGAAAAUUUAUCUCCUCAUGUCCAAGCUUGUAUACCAGACCUCUUGAAGGUUGCUCUGACUUGUCUGGAAAAUGUGGCAGACUCUGAUGGAUCGCUUCGCUUGUCAGCAGAUCAAGAAUAUGCAGUGGAGCUAAUUGGAGGUGCUACCAGAGUGCCAAAGUUACAGGCUAAGCUUCAAGAUUUCCUCAGUAGAAAAGAACUUGAUUGGCAUCUUGAUGCUGAUGAAGCAAUAGUUCUUGGUGCUGCUCUGCAUGCUGCAAAUAUAAAUGAUGGAAUCAUAAACAGAAUUACAAACUAA